AUGCCCCCUACAUCUACCUUUACUGUGAUCCAGGACAUCCUGGAUGGCUACAAGUGCUCGGAUAUGUUACCAACCGUAAGGCUUCAAGAAGAAAGCCUCAGUGAUAGCGAUUUGUUCAAGACCUUCGCACAUACACUCCCUCUAGGAAUAUCUCCUGGAUACUCAAAAGAAGGUCGGCUCUUGGCUCUUUCCAUCACGGACGGCAAGCAAUGUCGCAUCGUUGAAUUUUUUAGUCAACAACCCAAGCGAGAGAAUGGCAGGCGUGGCCCCCAAGGGGACAAACCAACGUUAUCUACAAGUCUCUUAGAAAUGCGCAAGAAACUGCAAGAUCGUAUUCUCUGCCGUCCCAAUGGCGACGUGUUUGCUUUUGAUAUGGGACCUUUGGCGAUGUCUCUUUACUGCGAUUUAGGUUUACGUAUUUCACGCGCCGUCGAUGUCCAAUCUGCAUUCUCUGCUGUUGAUCGCAAGCCCAUAUCCGCUAUUCAAGAGGCCUUGGGCAAAGAUUCUGACGAUGAGUCUCUUCCCGCCAACGAAAGGAUCAAGAUCAACGUCGAGAACGUAAAGACCUUAUUCAGGUACCCCGUUUACGAUCCGAAUGAUAGAAAUACGGCAGUGGAUCUGGCCGUUAGGGCAUGGGUCUCCCAGUUUCUUCCAGGGUUUGGCAAUGGCGCCGAGGUUUUUGAUAAAGUUGCCAGGAUCGAUACAAAGAAAUUGGCUCAAGAGCAAUUGGACAUCAUCGCGAAGAUUGCCAAAGACUCCCUGAGGCUUGAUCAAACUAAACCUGGGCAGACGAAUCACCAGUUCCAACAAUCCCAGGACAUGUCAGAUCAACAACUUCGUCUCGUAUCGACUCACUACAAUACCAAACUACGUCGUAACCAAGAAGUCAAAAUGCAAGUUCAGGGACCAAAUGGUUCUUUUACCGUCAAGGGCACAAUGGCAGGUGUCUCGGGAAAAGUUGGGAGCGUCAACACGAAUAAUGUCGCGUUCGCGGACAAGACAAUCACGGUUGUCACUUCGAUCGGCCGCGACGAUCCAACCACGGCAGAAGCUCAUCGUGCAGCUACGGUCCUUCGCAUCCUGCAAGGCUCUGACAAACUCCUCGACCGAAGCCCCUGGAUACAGAAUAUAUGGUUCCCAUCGAGUGAUGGUGGCCCUCUUAUUUGGCCAAAAGAAUGGUCAAUGCCACGAGCAGCACCAAUCUUCAAGCCUAUAUCUUUUAAGGCACUACAACUCAAUUCAUCGCAGCAGCUGGCUGUUAAUAGUAUGAUGUCAGAAAAAGAUGACCACCGUAUUGUCCUUGUCCAAGGCCCACCUGGAACUGGAAAAACUUCUGUCAUCGCAUCAUUCAUCCAGUUCGCUAUUCUUUCUCAGAAUAGAACGGGUAUCUGGCUAGUUGCACAAUCUAAUGUGGCCGUCAAAAACAUUGCUGAGAAGUUGAUCAAGUGCGAAUUUUUUGCAUGGAAACUAUUGGUCUCUAAAGACUUUGUUUUUGACUGGCAUGAACACCUCUAUAAUACCAAAGUGACAGCAAAUAUCAUUCGCUCAGACACAUUUGUUAAAAUCAGUAAAAAUGAUUUACAAGGAACCCAAGUUAUUUUAUGCACUUUAAGCAUGUUAUCCAAUUCUCAGCUUGGCAGAUUCACUCAGCAUAUUCCUUUGAGAGUACUUGUUGUUGAUGAAGCCAGUCAAAUUGAAGUUGGAAAUUAUAUCUCCAUUUUUGUCAAAUUCAAGGCUACACUUCGCAAGGCAUGUUUUAUUGGAGAUGAUAAGCAAUUACCACCAUUUGGACAAGAAGAGCUGCAAGACCUCCAGAGUAUCUUUGAAAUUACACAUUUAAAAAAACAGGUUGUAUUUCUUGAUACUCAAUAUCGUAUGCCUCCUCAAAUUGGCAGAAUUAUAUCAAAAUUGGUUUAUGACAGUAAACUCAAUUCAAAUCCUCAUCAUGAAAUCAAGGAUACUGUUACUGCAUGCUACUUUAUUAAUGUUCCUGGAAAAGAAAAGGCACUUCAAUCAGGAUCAUUUAUGAAUGGUUUAGAAUGUGAAGCCAUUCUUAAGCUUGCACGCAGGCUUCAAGAUGAGCAAAAAAAAUUCCGAAUUAUAACUCCAUAUGAAGGUCAAAGAGCUACAAUUGAAUAUGCCUUACAAACAGAAGGUUUAGAUUGGGGAGACAAAUGCUUUAAUGUUGAUUCAUUUCAAGGAAAUGAAGAAGACUUUAUUAUCAUUUCUCUUGUUCGAUCACGUGCAUUGGGCUUUUUGAACAAUCUCCGCCGAACCAAUGUUAUGCUUACUCGAUGCAAGAAAGGAAUGUUUAUUGUUACUAGUCAGGAUUUUCUUCAGAAUUCUGGAGCUAAAUCUUUGGUUGGAGAAUUUGUAAAGGAAAUGGAUACUGUGGUAUGGGUACCUCAAGACAAAAUUGAGGUAUAUAACUUUUAA